AUGGGAACAAAGCAAAAAAGAUUGGAUUCAUUUUUCACACGUAAUGUCUUACCAAGAGGUGAAGAGAAAAACACGACAUCAUCAUCAUUACCGGUUGGGAACCCUCAAGCACCUCCAGAAGAUGGUAACCCUCUACCAUCUUCAAUGGCUAAGAGCCCUACACCAUUUUCAACGGUUAAGAAUCCUACAUUUUGUUCUAUUGAACAUGAUCCUGGCCUACAUCUACCUAUAUGGAAAUAUGCAGCCAAUAUGAAGGAUGAAAUCAGACGAGCAUACUUAAGAUCGGGCCACAUCAACUUGUGUUGCCUAAAUAUCCUCCAUCUGGUUCAAAAAGUCAUCCACGACGUUUUCAGACUAAAUGAGUCAAAUACCCAUAAUGGCCAUGAUGCAUUUACAACCAAUGGUUUUAAAAACUGGAACAAAGUUAAAGGGAAACAUUAUUCAUUUUUGAAACACAAUGGAGAUAUACCAAACUCUCAACAUUAUAAUGUUGUGCGAUUUUGUGAUACUUUGAUGAAUCAAUCAGGGAUUUCAUUUAGGGGGCAUGAUGAGAAAAUUGAUUCAAACAAUCGUGGUAACUUCAUUGAGUUAAUCAAACACACAACUUCUUACAAUGAAGAGGUUGCAGGUGUCGUUUUAGAAAAUGCACCCGGCAACGCGAAAUACACUUCACCUGAGAUAGUUGAAGAUAUUUGUGAUGCUAAAUACUGCAUAAUCGUGGAUGAGGCAAGUGAUGAAAGUAAGAAAGAACAAAUGGCCAUUGUUCUUAGAUAUGUUGACAAGAAAGGUAACAUACAAGAACAAUUAUUUGAUCUUGUCCAUCUUGUUGUUGAGAAUCUUCGUGGACAGGGGUAUGAUGGAGCUAGCAACAUGUGUGGUGAAUGGAAGGGAUUACAAGCAUUAUUCCUUAAGGAUUAUCCAUGUGCUUAUUAUAUACAUUGUAUGGCUCAUCGGUUACAACUUGCAUUGGUUGCAGCAGCUAGAGAAGUAAGCUUUGUACAUGAAUUUUUCCAAAAUUUAUCUUUCUUUGUGAAUGCCGUUGGUGCUUCUUGUAAAUGCCAAGAUGAGCUACAAGCUGCUCAAGCUGCUGAAAUUGCAGAAUUGUUAAUUGCUACUUUAAAGCGUGACGGGGACACUCGUUAG